CGACGCAGCAAAUUUGCCGAGCGUUUUGACGAAUUCAAAACGCCGUCUGGGAAGUCGACCUCAAUUUUAUUACGGCUUUUUUCGCUUGCAAGAAACAAUAAAGUCAUAAUCCCGCGACCAAAGUUUAUUAUUCCAACCUACUAGCCGCCGAUAAUUUUAAUAUCUUAUCUUGGGUAAAAUAAACUUGUACUUGUACCUACACACGGUUCGAUAUCAGUGCAAUUUAACUGAGCGGCCAGUUUGAUCUAGCGAGACGACAUGGUGGACACAUUUGAUGAAGAAUGGCUAGAACUGGAGCAGGAUUUCAAAAAACUCGAGACCACCAACACGAUAUAUCUGCAAAAGCUGAGAGAACUCCAAGCCUAUCAACAAGAAUGCCUAAAAAGCAUCAACCAUCAAAGGUACCGUAUGAAUAUAAUGCGGGGCUCGUUGAAGAAAGUGAGUAACAAAGAACGUGCUAAAUCCGUCGAAGACCGCUUCGCUGGUAGAGAAGCGCAUCUGAUCCACUUAGAAGAAACGCUACCGAAGAAGAGCGGCAUGUAUCUGCGGCUAAUACUUGGUGAUGUGAAUGUCUCGUUCUUGUCCAAGGAAGCCAAAUUCUCCUAUAAAGACGACUACGAGAAAUUCAAACUGAUUUGUCACGUUGUUGCGUUCGUUCUGGUGGUAUUGAAUGGUAUAUGCGACUCGAGGGCUCUACAGAGUGGCUACUUAUUUUUCCUAGUGUGGUAUUAUUGCACGAUAAGUAUUCGGGAAAGUAUUCUAAAGACGAACGGUUCACGGAUGAAGACAUGGUGGACGGUUCAUCAUAUCUUGUCGACCGUCUUGUCAGGCAUUCUCUUAGUCUGGCCAGAGAACGAAGUCUGGGAGCUUUUCAGAGCACAAUUUUUCAGCUACAACCUGUAUAACUGUCUGCUUCAUUAUCUCCAGUUCAAGUACCAGCGCGGUACCCUCUACAGACUAAAAGCAUUAGGAAUGCGGGACAACAUGGAUAUAACCAUAGAAGGAUUUCAUUCAUGGAUGUGGAGAGGCCUUACCUUUCUUCUACCAUUCCUCUUCCUCGCAUACUCCUUCCAGCUCUACAACUCGUAUGUUUUGUUCCAGCUGAGUUUAAAUCCUCAUACUACAUGGCAUACUAUGGCCUCCAGUCUGUUGUUUCUGGUUCUUUUUUUGGGGAACGCCUUCACGACAGUGACGGUUGUUCACGACAAAAUCAAAAACAAGUCUUAUGUUAAAUACUGGGUCAUGGCCAGGAAAUUGUACAAUGUCGUCAGCGAAAACAUCAAUAAGUUUGAUCUCAAGAAACCCUUGCACGGAUAUGAAAAAUUUAAGAAAUAAUGAUAAGGACUGUGUUUUUAUAUUAAUUUUAAUUAAAAUAUUUUUUACGUUAUAUCAUUUUAGUGGCUUCAAUCAAAUUCUUCUACAGUUUCCAUUCAUCAUUUUGGUAGUGCUUGUUCUAGCCCAAUUUCUUCAAUAAUUUACGUUUAAUGAGACGGCCUUUGAGGCUUCGAUAAUAGUUUCUUAUCUUUUAUACAUUUUUAGUCUAACUCUAUGAAUUUGCAAAAUCUGAAUCAAGCUCUACCAGUAGGAUGAGAAUCCACUAUUUUGUGGCCAUUAUAGAUAGUCACACUCUUAAGAAUAUUUUUUAACUCGAAGACAUUCUGGUUAUUUUUAUAUUUAAUUUGUAAAAUAUCGAUAUCGUUGGUAAAGAAACGUUAGCUUCAAGACAGGUCAAUAAACCACUUUGGGGUGGUUAUUUCGGACAAAAAAAAAACACGCGACACCCUCAGUGAGGAAUCGAAGGUAAUUUGGUCUAAGCUGUGAAAUAUUUUAUGUAAAAAUUCACAUUGACACGCAACCUCGAGUAACGACCCAUAAAUAAAUAUACUACGUUUCUCUAGCUAUUAAAAUCAGUCCCCCGAUUGUUUCCUACAAAAUUAGACCUUACGAAAUAACAAUUUAACCAAUAAAUUUGUUGUAGGGAAUAAUAAAGGAUGAUACCAAUAUACGUAAAAUAUGUUACACAGGGCUUAUAUAUAGGAUACCAUUUUAUCCAAGUUAUCCGACAAACCUCUAAAAUUGAAGAUUUCGAUUUUUUGUUCUGCCACAAAAAGUUACUGACGUAAGGUACAAAAUCUGACUUCUUUCUGUUUUUGAACCGAACCUAAUGAAUCGGCUUGUGGAUAGCAAACAAAGGUAGCGUUUAACGCCUUAAUUAAAAUUUAAAAAAAAUCGUUUGGAAAAAAGUAUACCAUGUAAGUUAUUCUUAAUGCUAAAUAUGUUGUUCCACUGCUAAAACUAAAACUAAAUAAUUAAUAACGAUUAAUAUAAUUUUAUUAAAUAUUCUGGCUUCACCUGGUAUAGUAAUCGUAACGAUUGUCAGGCAAAUGUUGUCAGAUUACUUCUCGGUGGAUGGCGAUCCCAUUUAAGCUCUUUAAUUCUAAAGAAUAGAAUCAUAAUUUUAGUAAAAAUUUUGUAAAUUAAUCAUUUUUUAUGUCAUUUAAAAUACGAAAUCCUAAAUUAUAUUUUAACUACCAACUCUGCCCGUUAUGAGAGACAAAUAUUUGAUUUAUGAAAUGUUUUACUUUUUAUGAUACCUUCUUAUAAAAUACAUCAUUUUUGGGGUACAGAAAUUUCUCUGUAUCUAUCUCUUAUAUUUGAGUGACUUAUUGAAGAAGUGAAAUUUUAAAAUCAAAUAUGCAUUCGGAGUCGUGUAAAAAAGGUUUUCAAACCAUAUUUAAUCUUUUUUAAAUUCAACACGAAGUACAUUAAUUUUUAUGAGAAUCAUGUGAACUUUUUAAAAAUUGAACUGAGAUGGCUUUUACUUGAUGAAAAUCCAUUUAUCAAAAUAAAUAAGAACUAAAAGUUCAGAUUUUCUAGAAAUUAUAUAUUUUUACAUGACAAUUGUUUCUACAACACCGUGUCUUUAUCAAAUAUAUAUAAUAUAUAUAAUUUCGUCAAAAUCUGAACUUUUAGUUCUUAUUUAUUUUGAACUUUUUAACUGUACAUGCACUUUUUGAAACAAUUUAAACGGCGGACUUUUCACUCAUUUACUAGCUGUAAAAGUUUUGUGUCUCUCCAGUUCUCCCUAUCUUUCUCUUUUGAAAAUCAAAUGAGGUC